ACUGUUCCAAACUCUCAUUAUAUGCGGAGGGAGGAAUAUGCGCCUGCGCGCGUAGACGGCGUAGACGCUCGUGCUGCAGAGAGAGAGAGAGAGAGCGAGAGAGGAGGAGGAGGAGGAGGAGAGAAAGAGAGAGAGAGAGAGAGAGGAGGGGGCUUUCAUCAUUGUAAUCACCAUCCCAACUACUCGCUCUUAACAUUUUGUUUUUCGCUGUUGAGGAUAGAAGUGACAAGAGUUUAGACCCCUCCUCUGCAGGGCGGAGCGUGCAUUUUCAUUCCGUAUUUUGUAUUUUUUUUUUCUAUUUUUUUCCCCCCUCAGCUCCGGUCCCCGCUCUGACACGUCUGCACUGAGUGAGUGGCAUUGGCACGCUGUCAAUCGCUCACUCCCGCGACCAUCAAACAACAUAAAACACACACAGUCUCAGGCUGCAGCUCAUAAAUUUCAGCGCGCCCGCGUAUUUCCCGCGCCUUAACACUAAUAUCUAUCACUAGUCUCUUUUAAUUUUCUCUCUUAACUUGUGUUUUUUUUGUUUUUUAAAGCUUAUUUCACCCCCCCCCGCGCAUCACCACCUGCCAUUUGUUUACAUUUUUCCCACCGUGGAUAUUUGUUGGCGCUUCUUCACCGGGAGGAUUUUGGACAUUUUUUUUUUUUAAAGAAAAAAAAAAAAGACAUGCGCCGGAAUCCCCGAGAAGAAGAAGAAGAAGAAGAGCGCAAAUAAAUGAGAGAUCACCAAGGAGCCAUUUCAGCAGCCGUCAAGAAUCACGCACAAGACAGAUUGGCGUUGGGAUCCGGGCUGGAUACCAUGGACAUCCAUCGUCAGUUUCCACAGAGAAGUUUUUAAGAAGAAUCUCAAAGAUCGAUGCAUUUGGCGGCGAUUGUCCAACCUUUGAUUGUGCACUUUGGACCGCGCGUAACUGGACUUUGAAAUAACCGAACGAGAAAUUUAAAAAAAAAACAAAAACGUGUGAAAGGUCCACACCAUCUGAGCAUCCCUCCACGUCUCCGGCACAUGUUCUAGUCCAUUUCGUAUAUGAGUUUUUCAAUUUGUGUGGCUCAGUGCACAGACUCUUUAGCGGCGACGAUGGACGAUCAAGCCCGGAUCAUGCAGUCGAUCGGCGGCGUGAGUCUGUCCGGCCACUCGGUACAAGGAGGGAUGGCGCUGCCGCCUCCGCAUGGACACGACGGGACGGACGGGGACGGGAGAAAGCAAGACAUUGGUGACAUCCUCCAUCAAAUAAUGACCAUAACCGAUCAGAGUCUGGACGAGGCGCAAGCAAAGAAACAUGGACUGAACUGUCACAGAAUGAAACCAGCACUCUUCAGCGUUCUCUGUGAAAUCAAAGAAAAGACAGGUCUUAGCAUCCGCGGUGCCCAGGAGGAAGACCCACCAGACCCACAGCUCAUGCGUUUAGACAACAUGCUGCUGGCGGAGGGCGUGGCGGGACCGGAGAAAGGUGGCGGGUCGGCAGCUGCGGCAGCUGCAGCCGCCGCCUCGGGAGGAGCGGCGGAUAACUCUAUCGAACAUUCCGACUACAGAGCCAAACUCACCCAGAUUAGACAGAUCUAUCACACAGAGCUGGAAAAAUAUGAGCAGGCAUGUAACGAAUUCACAACCCAUGUGAUGAACCUGCUGAGGGAACAGUCGCGCACGCGGCCCAUCUCUCCCAAAGAGAUCGAGCGCAUGGUGGGAAUCAUCCACCGCAAGUUCAGCUCCAUCCAAAUGCAACUGAAGCAGAGCACCUGUGAGGCUGUCAUGAUCCUGCGCUCGAGAUUCCUGGACGCCAGGCGGAAAAGGAGAAACUUCAGCAAACAGGCGACGGAAAUUCUCAACGAGUAUUUCUACUCGCACCUCAGCAACCCGUAUCCCAGCGAGGAGGCUAAGGAGGAGCUGGCCAAGAAGUGCAGCAUCACCGUUUCCCAGGGGGUGGGAAGCACCAUCACAGUAUCACAGGUAUCCAACUGGUUUGGCAACAAAAGGAUCCGGUACAAGAAAAACAUCGGCAAGUUUCAGGAAGAAGCCAACCUGUAUGCCGCCAAGACUGCCGUAAACGCAGCGCACGCCGCGGCCGCCGCGGUGCAGAACAGCCAGGCCAACUCCCCGACCACGCCCAACUCCGGAUUCCAGAUGAAAGAUGAGGAGUUUCAGCUGGACUCUGCCGAGAGCAAAAACACUCUUUUAACCAACAUGUUUACUGGUUCUUCGGGUUCUUUUAACCUCCCGAACUCGGGGGACAUGUUCUUGAGCAUGCAGAGUCUGAAUGGGCAUUCUUACCAAGGGGCACAAGUCGGAGUCAAUGCUCAGUCUCAGGUGGAUACCCUGCGCCAUGUUAUCAGUCAGACGGGAGGAUACAGUGAUGCCCUCGGCAGGAGCACAGCGUAUCGUCCACUCGGCUUUAAUGCUAAUGGAGGGUGGCAAGACGCAACAACUCCGUCUUCUGUAAUAUCUCCGACAGAAGGACCUGGAAGUGUGCACUCUGAUACCUCGAAUUGAUCCUCUGUUAAUGCAUUUUAGCCUCCGGCUGGGCAUGGACUCUUUUACCGGCCGAACCAACGGCAGAGGAUUUGCAGACGCGUCUCCCGUCAUUUUUCUUUUUGUCUCCCGUGACAUCAAAUGUCUCCAUGACCCGGACAAAGACGGCACCACUCUCUUGAAUGAACACCCAGUGUUUCUCCAUUGUUCCUGUCUGUCUCUUUAACUAAACUGUAAUCACCAUGUGAUUCUUUUCGAUGUUGUUAUAGGGGUGAGCACGUACACGUUCAGCAGACACUUACUCCAGAGCAGGUCUGUGUGUCAGAAGCGAAAGGAAUAUGCAAAUGAGGGUCGAGGAAGCUACGUUGUCCUAGAGACGGUUUUCAGAUUGCGCUGGGUGAAAUUGUACCAUAAACUUCAAUAGGACUAUUUAGUGUUUCAGUAUUUAUUCAUUAUUGUUAGCUUUUUUUCUAUUUUGGAUUCUACACUAAGCCCUAAAUUCCUUUUGAGCUAUUUUGUUUAAGUGAUUUUUGAUUUUUUUUUUUAAACAUCAUUUGACAUUCAAAUUGGAAUUCAUUAUUAUUGUUAUUAUUAUUAAUAUUAUUAUUUAGUUUAAUAUUUUUAAAUAUUUUUUCUAUACUUGUUUUACUAUAUAUAUAUAUAUAUAUAUAUAUAUAUAUAUAUAUAUAUAAAAUCAAGAUUAUGAAACACGUAUUUGUGUAAUGGUUACACGUAGCCCACUGAUAUCUUUGAUCUCUCAUUAGUUAUUCAAGCAUAUGCCACACAGACCCGACCGUAUCACCAUAACCUGUCCAAAGCGAUUCAGCUCAGCGACAUUCUCAUGUUCUGCUCUGAUAAUUGGCUUCUCUGUCCGUCCCUCCUGUGCUGAGAUUAGAGCGACUCUUUAUUUGACUGUAAUGUGCUUUACAAUCUUGUCCGGCAACUCCACAAUGCUACCGUUGACAGCUCAAUGGCAGCUUUGUAGUUGGACCAAGAUUUAUUUUGCCUUACAGCUGUAUACAUUAGUCCAAACAAAUGACCAAGUCCGCCGCAUCGAGAAGUGGAAUUGAUGGCUCGACUUUAACAUGACACCGUUCCAUAUUUUAUAAUUUGAUGCUUAGUAUGUACAUAUGUAAACAUUUUUUUUUGUAUACUGCGUAUGGAAAUCAGAUCUCCCUCAUUGUAGAUCAUUCGCUCAUGGCCCAGUUACACGAGAAAAAGUUGUACAUAAUAUAGCUGAAGAGUAAUUACACCCCCCCUUGAAUCAAUACAAAGCUUUAUUACCUCGUAAAAAGAAAAAAAAAUCAACAUUUCUCCAAGAUUUCAGUAGCUUAGAGUGCUCACUUACUACCUCUAAACAAUGUCACCACCAUAGUUUUGGCUAUAAUUUCAUUUUGUAUGCAUUUUGAUUACAUCUUGUAACACUGUAAACUUACUCAUUCUCUGUGUAAUGUAUGUAUAUUUUAAUCUUUUAAUAAAAUUCUGUUGCAGUUUAGCAACGUAAAAUGACAAAAAACAACAACAAUAUUAAUACUGAGAAGAAUAACUGGGGAAAGGGGUCAAGAAGUUGUGAGUCUGUGGCUUUUAUGAAGGGUUGCGAUGAACAUUGUUGAUAAAUUAACACCAAACAGUGAAACUGUUGUAAAUACUGAGGAAAAAAAAGCAUUUUGAAUGUUGCUCAUCUUGUUACUAAAUCAUACAAAAAGGAAAAAAAUGACUAUAAAAAUGUAAUGCAUAGAGGUUUCAGUAUUCAGAACUGUAUAUUUCCAGCUCUGUUUAACAGGGUGCCAAUUUCUUUUUUUCCCUCUUUUUUCUAUUGUAUGUGAUUCUGAAACUGAAAAAGUCAUGACAAAUGAUUUGUGGCAGUGAUUCUAAUGUACUAAAGAUGUUUAGUGUUUCUUUCUAACCGGACUACGCCCUGGACUGAAAAGUCUUCCUUGUGGUAGUUGUGUAAUUUCAAACAUGAAUAAAUCCUUUUUUCUUUCA